CUUGGCAGAGAUGAGGAGGGAGGAGGCAGGAGGAACCUGAGCCCAGCAGUGCAGGUGGCAGAACUGCAGUGGGAGGAGGCGGCACUCCAUUCCACAAUGGCCUCCCUUGCUGCAGCAAAUGCAGAGUUUUGCUUCGAUCUGUUCAGAGAGUUGGAUAACAAUCAAGGGAGUGAAAAUGUGUUCUUUUCUUCUCUGAGCAUCUUCACUGCCCUGGCCCUGGUCCGUUUGGGUGCACAAGGUGACUGUGUGUCUCAGAUUGAUAAGAUGCUUCACUUCAACCCAGCCUCAGGAUGGGGAAACUCUUCUCAGGCUCAGCCAGGACUUCAGUCUCAACUGAAAAGAGUUCUCUCUGAUAUAAACACAUCGCAUAGGGAUUACGAACUCCACAUUGCCAAUGGUCUUUUUGCAGAAAAAGUGUUUGAUCUUCAUAGGAACUAUAUUGAGUGUGCUGAAAAAUUAUACAAUGCCAAAGUGGAACGAGUUGACUUCACAAAUGAUGUAGAAGAUACCAGAUAUAAAAUUCAUAAAUGGAUUGAAAAUGAAACACAUGGCAAAAUCAAGAGCGUCUUUCAAGCAGGUAGCAUAAGCUCUUCGGCUGUGAUGGUGCUGGUGAAUGCUGUGUACUUCAAAGGCAAGUGGGAGUUGGCCUUCACCAAGAACGAAACUGUAAAUUGCCAUUUCAAAUCUCCCAAGUGUCCCAGGAAAGCAGUCGCCAUGAUGCAUCAAGAACGGAAGUUCAAUUUUUCUGUCAUUAGAGACCCACCCAUGCAGGUUCUUGAGCUCAAGUAUCAUGGUGGCAUAAGCAUGUUCAUUAUGCUGCCUGAAAAUGACCCGUCCCAAAUUGAAAAGAGAAUGACCUUUCAGAAUCUAAUGGAGUGGACCAAUCCAAGAAAAAUGAGCUCUCAGUAUGUUGAGGUGUUUCUUCCUCAGUUCAAGAUAGAGAAGAAUUAUGAAAUCAAACACCACUUAAGAGCCCUAGGGCUGAAAGACAUCUUUGAUGAAUCCAGAGCUGAUCUCUCUGGUAUAGCUCCAGGAGGCCGUUUAUAUGUGUCCAAAAUGAUGCACAAGUCCUAUAUAGAGGUCACCGAGGAGGGCACAGAGGCCACUGCUGCCACAGGAGUUAAGAUCGUCGAAAAGCAGCUUCCCAAGUCCAGGGUGUUCAGAGCUGAUCACCCCUUUCUCUUCUUCAUCAGGAAGGAUGACAUCAUCUUGUUUAGUGGCAAAGUGUCUUGCCCUUGAAAAUCCAGUUGGUUUCUCUUAUAGUAGUCCGUACCACAUCAAGGAACCACCACAAGAGAAUAGAUCUGAGCGUAAUCAAAGCACAUUGUGUUUCCUUUGUGUUUACUUCCUUCUAAUAUUGGUCGGCAGAUGAUUUUGGAGACUUGACCUUUUGCAGACACCUGGUUGAGUGUCCUCACCCUGCUUUGGCCUUUCUACCACUGUGUGCCUUACCUAUUUCUAAGUUCAUUACCUUUCUGACCCAACUCAACUCAUUCGCAUCAUCCACCCUCCCCUCCCCCCUGUCCCCAUAGCCCCUUGCACCCGGAGCUGGGCAUCACGUCUGGGAACUGCUGGUAAUGACAAUGUAGAAGCAGCCCUAGGGUUUUGUCUGAAACUCUCUAGUUAUCCCAGUUAUUCCAGUUUCAUUGAAAUGAGCUUGGAAGGAAGCCUAGCUACUGAAUGUAGGUGUGAAGGAUAACCUUUCCCUGCUGACCUAGGAAGACACUAGAGAGUUUCACACAUCUGAUUUGAAAUCAGUGUCGAAUUUAGAUGCCAAAAAAAUAUAGAUUUGGGAUUGGGGGACAACUAAAAUACUUCAUUAAUAAUUUCAAGUUCAUGUCUUUCGGGCUUUCCUUGAUAGAGAUUUUUUUUUUCCUUGAUAGAGACUUAACAUGUACAUAGUUUUCAAACAUUAUGUAUCUUUGAACUAUUGCCAUUUGUUAUUUACAGUAUAUGUUUCACGUGCUGUAUAGUUUAUUCUCUAUUUAUGAAAAAUAAAUAAAUACAACAUGA